AUGGCGAGCCCUGACAUGGUGAAGAGAUGUCAGUCAGUGGUGGACACGAACAGCUCUGUUUCUCCUCCUCUCUCUUCUGUUGACGUCAAGCCCAGUUUCCUCCCGUCACUCCCGUCUCCUCCACACUCACUGCAGAACAGCUAUGUUCCUCCUCCUCAAGCCCGGUUUCCUCCCAUCACUCCCGUCUCCUCCACCCUCACCACAGAACAGCUCUGUUCCUCCUCCUCAAGCCCGGUUUCCUCCCAUCACUCCCGUCUCCUCCACCCUCACCACAGAACAGCUCUGUUCCUCCUCCUCAAGCCCGGUUUCCUCCCGUCUCCUCCACCCUCACCACAGAACAGCUCUGUUCCUCCUCCUCAAGCCCGGUUUCCUCCCGUCUCCUCCACCCUCACCACAGAACAGCUCUGUUUCUCCUCCUCAAGCCCGGUUUCCUCCCAUCACUCCCGUCUCCUCCACCCUCACUGCAGAACAGCUCUCUUUCUCCUCCUCAAGCCCGGUUUCCUCCCGUCUCCUCCACCCUCACUGCAGAACAGCUCUGUUUCUCCUCCUCAAGCCCGGUUUCCUCCCAUCACUCCCGUCUCCUCCACCCUCACCACAGAACAGCUCUGUUCCUCCUCCUCAAGCCCGGUUUCCUCCCGUCUCCUCCACCCUCACCACAGAACAGCUCUGUUUCUCCUCCUCAAGCCCGGUUUCCUCCCGUCUCCUCCACCCUCACCACAGAACAGCUCUGUUCCUCCUCCUCAAGCCCGGUUUCCUCCCGUCUCCUCCACCCUCACCACAGAACAGCUCUGUUUCUCCUCCUCAAGCCCGGUUUCCUCCCGUCUCCUCCACCCUCACCACAGAACAGCUCUGUUUCUCCUCCUCAAGCCCGGUUUCCUCCCGUCUCCUCCACCCUCACCACAGAACAGCUCUGUUUCUCCUCCUCAAGCCCGGUUUCCUCCCAUCACUCCCGUCUCCUCCACCCUCACCACAGAACAGCUCUGUUUCUCCUCCUCAAGCCCGGUUUCCUCCCAUCACUCCCGUCUCCUCCACCCUCACCACAGAACAGCUCUGUUUCUCCUCCUCAAGCCCGGUUUCCUCCCAUCACUCCCGUCUCCUCCACCCUCACCACAGAACAGCUCUGUUCCUCCUCCUCAAGCCCAGUUUCCUCCCAUCACUCCCGUCUCCUCCACCCUCACUGCAGAACAGCUCUGUUCCUCCUCCUCAAGCCCAGUUUCCUCCCAUCACUCCCGUCUCCUCCACCCUCACUGCAGAACAGCUCUGUUUCUCCUCCUCAAGCCCGGUUUCCUCCCAUCACUCCCGUCUCCUCCACCCUCACCACAGAACAGCUCUGUUCCUCCUCCUCAAGCCCAGUUUCCUCCCAUCACUCCCGUCUCCUCCACCCUCACUGCAGAACAGCUCUGUUUCUCCUCCUCAAGCCCGGUUUCCUCCCAUCACUCCCGUCUCCUCCACCCUCACCACAGAACAGCUCUGUUCCUCCUCCUCAAGCCCAGUUUCCUCCCAUCACUCCCGUCUCCUCCACCCUCACUGCAGAACAGCUCUGUUCCUCCUCCUCAAGCCCAGUUUCCUCCCAUCACUCCCGUCUCCUCCAACCUCACUGCAGAACAGCUCUGUUUCUCCUCCUCAAGCCCAGUUGACUGA